AUGGAUUAUGGACCUUUGGGGAAGCAUACUGCCAAUGCAUUCGAGCUUAGUACGGCACUCGCUCGGCUUGGACUCAGCCAGUACGAGGAGCGCCUACAGGAAAACGGCUUCGAUGAUUGGGAGACUGUGACAGCGAUCACAGAAACCGACAUGGCCAAAAUGAACUUCAAGCGGGGUGAUCGCCGGAAACUUCAGCGUGCAAUACGCGAGUAUAGCAGUGCAAACGCAUCUCAUAGAGUGUAUGAGGCCAAAAAUAUUCCUCUGCCAUCCGAGAGGCUACCCGCCGUUGGAGAACAUUCCGAGGCAACGCCACAACCCUCACAGCAGGCAGCGCGUACAACUAGACCGUAUCGACGGCACCCGCGACCAGAUCCCAAUGCUCCCCACAAGCCUAAAACGGCUUAUGUGCUCUUCAGCGAGCAUGUUCGACAGGAUCCAGCACUCAGCCGUUCGUCUUUUACCGAGAUUGCCAAGGAAACAGGAAAGCGUUGGAGGGAACUCUCUCAUGAAGAACGAAUGAUCAACUGGGAAACACCGGCUGCUGAUAGGCUGCAAGAUUACAAAAAGGAUCUCGAGCGUUACAAGCAAACCGAGAAAUACCGGAGCCAUCAAACGUACCUUCAGGGAUUCAGACAACGACGCCACAACCCAAAAUCAACAACAAUGUCGGAUAACAAAGCUGCAUCCACUUCCGAACUCGCUUCUUUUGGUCCCCUAGCCGCCUCAGAGGGUCAGGAAGAAUUCGAAGCCAACCGUCAACGGAGCGUGGACACAGAUGAUGCAGAUUUAGAGGGCGGCUCGCAAGAUACGGCAUCGCCCGACGAGGAUGAGGUGGAGGAGGUGCGCCAGAUUUCGAAAGCCCUUGGUAUCAACCCUCACUUAAUCAGAGUUGCUGCGUUUCCACCAGAAGACAUAACAACUAAAGCUGUGGAAGCCUUUGUCCAUGGCACAGGUUCGCUUCUCUUUCUUUGGAAUCGAGACGAAGCGUUCGACCUUGUUAGAUCUGCUUACCACCCACAAGAUGACUCGAAGCCAGUGCACGCAACCGAAGUCUUUGCAAUAUCAGCAGUAGGGAGCAUUUGCGAUGCAGAAGCUCAUACGAUGUUGACUCGGGAGAAGUUUCUACAUUUCUUCCUGUACAUGCUGUCCUCAUCUUCAGAUGUGUGUGUCCUCCGCCGCAUGCGGCUUUUUGCUUGCCUGGCGAUAUGUCGGUUCACCAAUAGUGUGGAGAGCGCAAGGAGACUUAUGUUAUCAGCCCUCAGUAUGGGUAGGCAGGCAUUUACGUCUCCAUCGUUGGAGGCCGACACAUCGGAAGAGAAAGUACUCUAUUGGCGGAAAGUAUUCCGAAGCAUCGUCUUUCUAGAGAGCUGGUUUGCAUAUAAUACGGGUCACGAAUCACGGGUUACCAAACAAGAUCUGACUGUACAACUCUAUGUACCUUUUACCUCGUGA